AUGCGGUUCUUCGGAAAGAGGCAUGCAGCUGACAGCGGCGACGUGACCGAACCUAAAAAUGAUACGCAAAAUGAUUCUAUGCCGAAUGAUCUCGCGUCAAACAAACAAAUCUCGGACCCGGAGAAAGAACUUGCUGGCUACGCGAAUCAAUCCCACACUGCCCUACCCCAGAUGCACUCCCCGCGGAUUGCUAUCGACCCCGAGAUUGAGGCUCGGGUAGUGCGGAAGCUGGAUUUGCGGGUUCCCACUCUUCUGGGCUUUUUGUAUCUUCUUGCCCUCCUGGACCGAAGUAACAUUGGAAAUGCGAAAAUUGCUGGGAUGGAAGAGGACCUGGAAAUCAAUGGAAACAUGUAUCCAUGGCUUCUAACAAUAUUUUAUAUAGCUUACGUAUUGUUCGAGCCUCUUGCACUAAUGUGGAAACUUAUGCCACCGCAUCGAUGGGCAGCCAUCACUGCGUUGACUUGGGGCAUUGCCGCAACAUGCCAGGCGGCUGCACAGAACUGGGCUGGAUUAAUGGCCCUGCGCUUCAUCAUUGGUGCAGCAGAAGCAGCCUUCGGGCCGGGUUCCCCCUACCUGCUAUCUUUCUUUUAUGGCCGUCGGGAGUUGGGAUUACGUUGUGGCCUUUUUGUAAGCGCGGCACCUUUGAGUAACACGUUUGCGGGAGCCUUAGCCUACGGCAUCACAUCAGGUCACCCCAAGUUGGCCAGCUGGAGGCUAUUGUUUUUAGUUGAGGGAGCCCCAUCACUUUUGGCUGCUGGCCUCGCCUAUUUUUAUCUUCCAGACCACCCUUCUUCUGCGCGGUUUCUAAAUGAGGAAGAAAAGGACAUCGCGAGGGCUCGAAGCCUUCGUCGCAGUGGUGAGGCUGAGCGCGUGAGUGGAGUUAACUGGAAAGAGCUCGCAAAGACAUUGUUAGACGUGAAGCCCUGGAUUACGGCGUUCAUGUACUUCAGCUGCAACGUGAGCUUCUCCUCGCUUCCUGUAUUCCUUCCGACAAUCCUGAAGGAUAUGGGGUUCGAAGCAGUCGAUGCUCAGGGCCUUACAGCCCCCCCGUUCUUCGUUUCAUUCCUCUUCAGUAUCCUGACUACAUGGGUCGCUGACCGACUCCAACAACGAGGCCUGACAAUUGUCCUAUUUUCUUUGGUGGCUACAGUGGGAUACGCGCUGCUUGCAGGUUGCACAUCCGUCGGCGUCCGCUACUUUGGCGUGUUCCUAGCAGCUGCAGGGGUUUUCCCGUGCAUCGCAAAUAUUCUGCCUUGGGUUCUUAAUAACCAAGGCUCUGACAGCCGACGUGGAAUGGGAAUCGUCAUUCUCAACCUAAUCGGGCAGUGUGGACCCUUUCUAGGAACAAAUGUGUUUCCCGAUACUGAUGGCCCGCGCUAUAUUCGCGGUCAGUCCAUCUGCGCCGCAUUUAUGUUUUUCAACGCCAUUCUCGCACUCUCUUUGCGGUUCCUCCUAGUUUGGGAGAACAAACGUUUGGACAGGCAACAUGGCCCCCAAAACGAAUCUGCAGCGAAGGAUAAUGGACAUGCUGUGGGAGAGGAAAAUUAUGGUGCCAGUUUUAGAUAUGUGUUGUAG